UGAGCAACUCGGGUGUGCGGGGCUGCCAGGCCAGCAGACGCCGCAACAUGGCGAGUGAAAACAAAGCAGGCAAGAAUGACACGGUGGGCCUAUUUCUUCAGGCUAUGGUGGACCGUGAGCCUGGAAAGAGGAAGGUGAAGCCCUCCAAAGCAGCACUGGUGGACCUGGCUGAGCUGGACCUCGGCGAGAGUUCUGAUGACAGUGACUUUAAUGUUGACGAAGCCAAGCUCAAUGAUGAUGAUGAUAUUUCCAUCAAUAGUGAUCCAGAUGCCCCAGAUGAUGACGAUGACGAUGAUGGUGAUGAUGAUGUAGAUGAGGAGGGAGAAAGUGAAGAAGAAGCAGAGGUGACAUAUGCUGCUCCAGAGAAGAAUCUUACAGUGACUCAGCUUCUGGAGCAAGCCAAGAAGAAACAGGCCCUCGAGGCAGAGAAGGGAUUUGAGCGUCCUAAGAUACUUGUUUGCUCAGUGUGUUUGGGGGACCAUUCAGAUGACCUCAAUGAAAUAGUGACUUGUGAUGGAUGCAGUGUGUCUGUGCAUGAGGGCUGCUAUGGCAUCAGUGAUUCAGUAUCUGUCUCCAGCACUGUGUCUUCAUGCUCCACAGAGCCAUGGUUCUGUGAUGCAUGUAAGGCAGGUGUUGUUGAUCCUCCCUGUGAGCUGUGUCCAAAUCUAGGCUACACAAUUUUCAAAGAAACAGAAAUGGGAAGAUGGGUCCAUUUGGUUUGUGCCUUAUACAUUCCAGGAGUUGCAUUCAGUGAGGUUGAUAAGCUGUCCUUUCCUACAUUGUUUGAGAUGCCAUACAGCAAGUGGGGUGCCAAGACCUGCACACUUUGUGAGGAUGAGCGCUACUCUCGCACUGGUGUUUGUAUUGGUUGUGAUGCUGGCAUGUGCAGAGGCUACUUUCAUGUUACCUGUGCCCAGCGAGAAGGCUUGCUGUCAGAGGUGAACCAUGGGGAGGCUGACCAAGCAGAUCCUUAUUAUGCCCAUUGUAAGCUUCACACUGACCGGGAGCUUAUCAGACGAAGAAAACGAAACUGGCUUGCCCUGCAACUUCACAUGAAACAGGGAGAGGCAGAUAAGUCUGGAUCAAGCCAGGAAACUCAAGACAGAAUUCAGCGCAAAUUAGGUCGCUACAGAGAUAAAUAUCUCUUCAACAAAAACAACAGACCCACACCAUGGUAUCCUACUCAGAAGAUGCCAAGAGCUCUUUCCACUUCGGCAUCCCUUUUUCGGUCACUGCUUCAUAAAACAGAACUGAUGGGCUUAAGUACAGAAUCUCAACCCCUACACUCUACUAGUGUUGGGGACAUAAGAAAGAAGUGGCAUAUUCCUCCAGCCUUCAAUGUUGAAUUCAUAAGUUACUACUUGGAUCGGACCAAUCGAUUAACAGAAAUGAAGGAUCGCUUGGAUCGUCUACUUACAGAAAAUUCUCAAUUGAUUGAAGAGGAGACACAGCUCAGGAUUAAAUGUAAUCAGAUGGAAUCUGAAUGUGAAAAUUUCAAGUCAGAGAAUGAUGUACUUCUUAAUAAGGCCUUAGAGCUCCAUGAUCUUCUCAAGGGUUUGGCAGGACGUCCUUUGCCAUUACCUCCUGUAGUUGCAGCAUUACACAAUCCCCCAAGCCCCCCACUGCCAACAAGACCACUCCCAAAAGGCAGUUUGCGAGGACCAAUUAUCACAAAGGCAGCUGCCAAGAUGAUGACAGACCAUGCCCCUCCUGUUGGAGGUGAGUAUUGGUCCCAGAGGCUGCAAGAAAUGGGAACAAACAGCUUAACCCUGAAUAGAUGUCGGGUGUGUCAGCUAACAAAGGAGCAGCAUUUACUGAUUGAAUGUGACACCUGUGGCCAUUACUAUCAUUUAUCAUGCUUGGAUCCUCCCCUUACACGCAUGCCAAAGAAAACAAAACAGAUGGGAUGGCAGUGUUCAGACUGCUGCAAGUCUUCCGACUCUGAUAAGGCUCCAGAAGUGGACACAGCGGCACCGCGUAGACUCCGCAGAAAUAUCAAAGAACCUGCCAAGUUCUCACCUUCUCUUGCUUCUGAAACAAAAGGAAUUGAAGGUGGAGAGAAAAGCCAAAUUGGGAGUUCAGUAUCAACAACUGUAACUUGCACAAGUGUGACCCCAAAUACAGAUGAUAAGCCUCCAAUACAUUUGUACCAUCCUGGAGUAGCCUCGGUUGCUGGACCUCCAGAAGAAUCUUCAGAGGCUGCAAAUAUUGGUGGGAAGAGGAGGAGAAGUUCUGAUGGUAAGAAAGCAGCAACAAAAAAACAAAAGAAAUCACCAGGGGAUAUAGAACACAGUUCAUCCGAAACAGUUCCUGUGAGUACAAUGGCUGAUCCCAUUCCUGCCAAUAAGAUGUCACCAACAACUGCAACUGCUCGGGGCAAAAAGGGUCCUCAAGACAUGCCAGGCCAGGAUGCCCUUCAGACUAGCCAACUGGAAACCAGGUCAUCUCGAGGUAGAAAAGUCCAUCCUGAACCACCAUCUCCUGUAGUAUCAGUGCAUUGUACUAUGUCCACUGCAGCACCCACAAUAACCACCACAUCCUUACCUGAGAAAUCCAUAGCAGCAGUAACACAAAACUCAGAGAUCUCUUCACCUUGCAAGAACCGUCGAGGACAGGGAGACUCAACCCAGCCACCUAUACCAACUCAGGCCACCAGCUCUCCAUCACGGCAACGAAGGCAACCUUUAGAAGCUGGCGAGGCACAGUCUCGCCCACAGAUCUCUUCCCCAACGCGUAGCCGGAGACAUCAAACUGAAUCCAAUGCUGAGGGACCUGCAGAAACUCAGCAGGCUAUUCCAACAUCAGCAGAGUCAGAAACUAAUCAAAGUUCAGGUGGUCUCCAGACAUCACUUGCUGAAAAUACUGAGGCCAACUCACGGCGAAGAGGAGCCUCCAGUAUUCAGUUGGACACCAGUGUGGAAUCACUGCCAUCAGUUACUUCACUGCAUUCUCCCACCUCUGAAUCCUUCCAUAGUGCAGAGGAUGACCCGUCCUCCCCAAGGAAAGAAAAAAGGCACAGAGAUGGAAGCAAAAAAAAGAAAAAAGACAAGGACAAAGAACUAGAUGGAGUUAAGAAAAGAAAGAAACAUCAUCAUCGGGAUAAACAUGGCAUGGGAGAAAUGGCAUCAGAAAUCCUCACACCAUUCAGAAUAAAGAUCAAACCACUACCACCACGACCCAUGGAUGAGAUGGGCCUAGGAGCAUGUGCAGUACCUCCAGCCCCAACUACAAGCCAGACCUCAAUUGGUUCAGUCUCCUCAUCCAACACUACCACCACAACUGCUGCAGUUACCACUUCAUCCUCUAUUGUCUCAUCCACUACUAGUACUUCCAGUACCACUGCUGUUGCUACCUCCAGCACUACUUCAACCUCAAGUUCCACCAUGGUUACCCAUUCUAAUUACCAAACCAGGACCCCUCCUGCUGGUUAUCCACCUCUCCCUCCAGGCUACACCUUGACUCAGCCAAUGGCUCCACCAUCCUCUACUCCCUCCUCCACCAACACCAGCAGUAGUACUGCCACUAGCACCCACUACUCAACCACCACCUCAAGUCAGGCCUCUACGAGUCAUGCCAACACAUUCAGCACAAGUGGAGGCUCCAGUAAUCGCAGGAGAUCAGAUCCCAGUGACCCUCAACAAUUCAGCAAAUGUGAUGUAUGUGGUGAGACUGGGGGAGUCACCAAUACAGUCUCGUGUGAUGAAUGCAACAAGGCCUAUCACUUUAAUUGCUUGGAGCCUCCUCUCAAGAAAUCCCCCAAGCGCCGUGGAUAUUCAUGGUUCUGUGAAGACUGCGAUAGUGCGACUUAGAGACCUGAGUGUAUUCCUGUCCUGUGGACACAAGCAAAUUUCUAAUGGUUGUGGGAUCCUUCUGCUCUUUCUUCAUUACAUUUCUGCAGUAUUUCAUAUGCAGGUGUAAUCUGUACAAAUAUGUUGAUAAUUUUAUGCUGCAAUAUUAUGCUAUUUAUAAGAUCUUGUUUCUUCUCUGGGAGUUCCAUAGUAUUAUAUAAUAUUUCUCAUAUAAUUUAUUUUUUUAGCUUUUAUAAAUAUUUGUGUUUAACUAUAUACAAUUUUACCACAUGAUAUUAGUUGCAAACUUAGGGUCACAGUUUUAGAUGGUAUUUUGAGAUCAUAAAAAAAGAUAAAGAUCUUUAUUUUUGAUCAACAAUGUAGAUGUACAUUUUUGAUCAACAAUGUAGAUGUACAAAUUCAAAUAACUGAUAUGAAUAAUACAACCACAGAGCUUCUUUGAAGAUUAGAAUAUAAUUCAAUCAUUAUUUCAUGGCUGUAAAAAUAGACAUGGCAUCAUGUAAUACAAAUGCCUGCCUCUUCUCCCUUCAUGUCCUAUUCCAUUAAGCUUUUUUUUGGUUGCUAAUUUUAAGGGUCACAAGAUGCAGAUGUCAGCUACUAUAAAAUUUAAAAAUUUGGUAUAAAUGAACAAUUAAAUCAAAGUUUUGUAUGAUGAGAAACUUAGCACUAAAUCCAAGCUAUUGUGAUUCAUUAGUGUUUUAUCAGGAAGACUGGGAAAACUUGUAAAAUAUGAUGCCUAAUUUCAAAUUAUUAAUAC